AAAGCCAAAAGGUCCUCCAAAAAGUCCACGUGCCCAAAAAACUCAUUUUCUAUAGAAAACAAACCCAAAACGAAUAACACCACCACCGUCGUCGUCUCUUGUUCAAUUCCGUCGUAAAGCCUCUGAAUUUCGCUUCGUCUUUCCAGAGCUGGUGAGAAUCCUUCACUUUGCUGACUCUGGUUCUGUGUUUCUGUGUUGUUGAAGACUGAUUGAUCGCUUCAGAAAUAUUCAGUGUUACUUGGCUUUUGAAGGCUAGGUAGUAUUGAGUUGCCUUAUGAUCUGACCUACUCAUUGCAAUCCAAUAAUGGUCCUCACUGGUUCGUUGCAGUUAUCCCAUGGAUUGGGACUUUGCAAGAAUCAGGGGUACCAGAAACAGUUUAAGAGGGGAAUAGGAUGGGACAAAUUACAUCUAUCAAGCACUGCCCUUACAUCUCGAGUCUUGUUUCAGAAACUGGAUUCUUGGAGUAUUGGUUUAUCAGAGAAUGUAUACAGGCCCAUACAUACUGUACCUCACAGAUAUCAUGUGUUUAAGUGCCAUUCAUCUGUAACAUCAGGCCAAUCUUUUGGCCAACAUGGCUUGAAGACAGCUACCAUGGUGUUGAAAAGGUCAUAUGAUGUUUUGCAAGGUUAUCCUCUUGUAUUCAAAUUGGUUCCAUCAGUUGGCGUCAUUAUAUUUGCCAUAUGGGGUCUCGCACCACUUAUGCGUCUGAGCAGAAACCUAAUCCUUAGUAAGAAUGAUAGCAGCUGGAAAAAGAGUAACACACACUAUGUUACGAACUCAUAUAUUCAACCUUUGCUCCUAUGGACGGGAGCAAUGCUCAUUUGCAGGGCAUUGGAUCCAGUUGUUCUACCUACAGAAGCUAGUCAGGUCGUUAAGCAACGGCUUUUGGAUUUUAUAAGAUCGCUGUCAACUGUUCUGUCUUUUGCCUAUUGUUUAUCAAGUUUGAUCCAACAAACACAGAAAUUCUUUAUGGAGAGUAACGAGUCCAGUGAUACAAGAAAUAUGGGUUUCCAAUUUGCUGGGAAAGCUGUGUACUCUGCUGUAUGGGUUGCUGCUGUUUCGUUAUUCAUGGAGUUGCUAGGUUUCUCUACCCAAAAAUGGCUUACUGCAGGAGGUCUUGGGACAGUCUUAUUGACUCUGGCUGGUCGUGAGAUAUUUACAAAUUUCCUGUCAAGUGCAAUGAUUCAUGCCACCCGCCCUUUUGUUGUGAAUGAAUGGAUUCAAACUAAAAUAGAAGGCUAUGAAGUAUCUGGCACGGUUGAGCAUGUAGGUUGGUGGUCACCAACUAUUGUAAGAGGUGAAGAUCGUGAAGCUGUACACAUCCCAAACCAUAAGUUCACAGUGAAUGUUGUGAGAAAUCUCACUCAAAAAACUCAUUGGCGUAUCAAAACUCACCUUGCCAUUAGUCACUUGGAUGUCCAUAAGAUAAAUAGUAUUGUUGCCGACAUGCGCAAAGUCUUGUCCAAGAAUCCUCAAGUGGAACAGCAGAGGUUGCAUAGAAGAGUAUUUCUGGAAAACGUUACUCCUGAUAAUCAAGCUCUCAUGAUCUUGAUUUCCUGUUUUGUGAAGACAUCACGUCAUGAAGAGUAUCUCUGUGUCAAGGAAGCUAUACUCAUGGAUCUUCUUAGAGUCAUCAGCCAUCACAAGGCCCGACUUGCCACACCAAUCCGUACAGUGCAGAAAAUGUAUAGCGAUACCGACUUGGACAGUAUGCCAUUUGCGGACUCAAUGUAUAGUCGUGGUGGAGUAUCACCUAGACGCCCGUUGUUGCUAAUUGAACCCUCGUACAAGAUAAAUGGAGAAGAUAAAAAAAAAAGUCGUUCAGUGCAGACCAGUGGAGAGCGAGAUGGGAAGGCCACAGUGCGGCCACAACCUGACUCCAAGGUCGAUGCUAAAGUUGCUGCAACAUCAGUAUCUGACUCCAAGACAACACCAACAUCUGAAACCAAGGGAGAUGCCAGGACGCCAAAUUCAAUCCCCAAGGACAACCCCACUGCUUCAAAGACAACACCAACAUCUGAAACCAAGGGAGAUGCCAGGACGCCAAAUUCAAUCCCCAAGGACAACCCCACUGCUUCAAAGACAACACCAACAUCUUCUCCUUCUGAUCCCAAAGUAGUUGAUAAAGCAACAAUCAAGUCAAGGUCGAACUCCAAUACAAAUUCUAAAGAUGCAGAAAAGUCUGAUUCUGACUCCAAGGCUGCGGACCCGAUAUCUAAUCAUUUGACGGAGAAGAUGUCUGGUAGAAAGCAACUGAAUAAUGCAAGUGGAAAUGUAGUUCAGAGCACUUCUAGUAAUCCUGCAUUUUCCUCAUCUGCAAGUGGUGCUGACAAAACGGGUGGAUCAAUGACAUCCCCAGUGAAACAAGAAGGUGAAAAGAUGCCAGUUACAGAGCCACCAACAAGAAGACCUGCUCUAGAAGAAAAUAUAGUCCUUGGUGUUGCCUUGGAGGGCUCAAAGAGAACCCUUCCUAUUGAGGAAGGAAUGGCUUCCCCUUCAUCUCACACUGAUGCAAACGAUUUGCCUUCUUUCCGGAAAGGAAAUUCGUCUUCAAAUACUGAUAAGGGUAAGAAAAAUGAUCAAGUUCCAGCUGCACCAGGCACAAGUUCUGAUAAUGAGUGAAUUAGGAAGGAUCAGGGGAGGUUGUGGCAGUUGACAAUUAAGUCUUUUAGAUAGUCACUCCAUGAAGCUAUCUUCUCAAGACUGCGUUUUACACUGUACAUUCACACUGUAUUCUUUACUGGUGUUGUCAUUGUUAAAUGGCGCAGCAUUUGUUGGCCUUUUUCAUCGAGCCACCAACAUACCAAAAAGAAAUACAAGCCUGUUGAAUAUGAA